UGGAUUCUGAGACAGUGUGGUCCAUGAGUUUUCCAGGUAUGGAGGUGACCUUGACAAACGGAUGGUUCUUUGAGUUCCUCAUUGCCUUCCUUAAAGGAUUAAAGCAAAUACUGCAAAGGAGAUCAAGACACCCUCUGCUCUGCCGGUUGCCAGCCAUGGAGCAGAUGAAAGGGUCAGCCAUGCUUCUGCUGGAGCUGCUCAUUCUUGGGGGCCUGAGAGCAGGGAUGGGCUCUGCUGUCCUAGGCACCCUGGAUCUACAAAUAGAUGAAGAACAGCCAGCUGGCACCAUCAUUGGGGACAUCAGUGCUGGCCUGCCCCCUGGAACUAGUGCCUACAUGUAUUUCAUCUCGGCACAGGAGGGCAGCGGUGUCUCCACUGACUUGGGGAUAGAUGAGAACACGGGGAUCAUCAAAACAGCUCGUGUCCUGGACCGUGAGACUCGGGACCACUACAGCUUCAUUGCUGUCACCCCGGAGGGCGUCACAGUAGAAGUGAACAUCCAAGUGAAUGACAUCAAUGACCACGCUCCAGCCUUUCCCAAACAGCAGAGCACCCUCCAGAUUCCAGAGCACACACCCACUGGCAGUAGGUUUCCCUUGGACCCGGCCUUUGAUGCUGACAGUGGCCUCCUGAACACACAAGGCUAUGUGAUUAAGGGAGGGAACGUGGGGCAGGCCUUCCGCCUGGAAACACGUCGAGGACCCAACGGGGUCCUGUAUUUGGACCUGGUGGUCAGCAAUGUUCUGGACCGGGAGAAUCGUUCAUCGUACUCGCUGCUGUUGGAAGCCUACGAUGGUGGUUCUCCUCCCCGCAGCACCCAGAUGACGCUGGAUGUGUCCAUCCAGGACAUCAAUGACAAUGCUCCCAGCUUCAACCAGAGCCGCUAUCAUACCCUGAUCUCAGAGAAUCUGAAACCUGGCAGCAGCAUCCUGCAAGUCUUUGCCUCUGACGCAGACGAAGGUGACAAUGGGGAUGUGAUUUAUGAGAUCAACCGGCGGCAGAGUGAUCCUGACCAGUACUUCACCAUUGAUGCCCGGACUGGAGUCAUCAAGCUCAACAAGGGUCUGGACUAUGAAGUGAGGAAGGUGCAUGAGCUGGUGGUGCAGGCAAGGGAUAAGGCUGUCCAUCCUGAGGUCACCACAGCCUUUGUCACUAUUCAUGUGCGUGACUACAAUGACAACCAGCCCACCAUGACUAUCAUCUUCCUGAGUGAGGAUGGCUCCCCACAGAUCUCCGAGGGAGCCCAGCCUGGACAGUAUGUGGCUCGCAUCUCUGUUUCUGACCCAGACUAUGGAGAGUACUCCAAUGUCAAUGUUACACUGGAGGGAGGGGAUGGCAAGUUUGCCCUCACUACUAAGGAUAACAUCAUCUAUCUGAUCUGUGUGGACCAACUUCUGGAUCGGGAAGAAAGAGACUCCUAUGAUCUGCGGGUGACAGCUACUGACUCAGGAACACCCCCACUCCGGGCAGAAUCGGCCUUUGUGUUGCAGGUGAUGGAUGUCAAUGACAACCCCCCACUCUUUGACCAGCAGGAGUACAAGCAGAGCAUCCCCGAGGUGGUGUACCCAGGCAGCUUUGUCCUGCAGGUGACGGCUCGUGACAAGGACCAGGGUCCCAACGGGGAGGUGCGGUACAGUAUCGUGCAUGGCCACGACACCCACUCCAGCUGGUUUGCCAUCGACCCUGCCACUGGCAUUAUCACCACCGCUGCCCCACUGGAUUACGAGAAGGACCCUCAACCUCAGCUGACUGUGCUGGCCACAGACCGGGGAACUCCUGCCCUCUCUUCCUCAGCUGUGGUGCACGUGGCCUUGCAGGACGUCAAUGACAACGAGCCGGUGUUCAGGAGUAACUUUUACAAUGUAUCCCUGAAGGAGAACACCCCCGUUGGGACCUGCUUCUUGCAGGUGACAGCCACAGAUGCAGACAGUGGCGCGUUUGGCUCUCUUUCCUACUCCAUUGGCUCCGGCAUCGGCAGCGUUGUCCCCACGCAGUUCAGCAUUGACAAGCACUCGGGGCAGCUGUGCACGGAGCAGCCCCUGGACCGCGACGAGGGCACGUCUGCCUACGACUUCACCAUCACUGCUGUGGAUGGGGGCGGCCUGAACUCCAUGGUGUACGUGAAAGUGUUCCUGGAGGACACAAAUGACAACCGGCCAGUGUUCUACCCGCUGGAGUACGCUGCCAGCAUCAGCACACAGAGCAUGCCAGGGACAGCUGUGCUGCGUGUCACUGCUAACGACAAGGACGAGGGGCUGAAUGGGAGAGUGACCUACCGCAUUGUGCUGGGAAACUCGCCCCCGCUCUUCUCCCUCAACAAGGACACAGGUGUCAUCUCCCUGUCAUGGUCCCUGAGCGGCAAAGCCAACACCCUGGUGCAGCUGGUGAUCUCUGCACAGGACGGGGGGGGCUUGCAGGCACAGCCAAACGCCCGGGUGAACAUCAGCAUCGUGGAGGGCACGGUCUCACCUCCUGUCUUUGAGCAAGCUCAGUACUUCUUCACUGUGCCCGAGGACACGUCGCAGGGCGUCAGCGUGGGGGCUGUCCAGGCCCACAACCCGCCAGGUCAUGCUGAUGACAUCUUCUAUUCCAUCUCCUCGGGGGAUCCUCAUGGCUACUUCUCCAUUGAUUCGGCCUCGGGGCAGCUCCGCACCAGCAUGCCUCUGGAUCACGAGUCCCAGGCAGUCCUCAUCCUGGAUGUCCAGGCCCGAAGCGGUUCACCCCCUGCCUACAGCAACACACGCGUGAAGAUCUCUGUGUCAGAUGUGAAUGACAAUGUGCCGGCAUUCCCAAGCCCCUCCGACUCCAUCCUGCUGCCAGAGGCCACAGAACCUGGGACUACAGUCUACACCGUGCAGGCCGAGGACCGUGACAGCGGUGCCAACGGCCAGGUGACCUUCGAGCUGGUGUCAGGGGGUGAGGGCACCUUCAGCGUGGAACGCACCUCGGGGGCGGUGCGGCUCCUUGGGGCCCUGCAGUUUGAGGCCAGCUCAGCCUACAGCCUGGCCAUCGUGGCCCGGGACAGCGGCGUCCCACAGCUCAGCUCCACCUUCACGCUGCUGGUGCACGUGCAAGCCGAGGAUGACAACGGGCCCAUCUUUGACACUCUCACCUACCGCGUGGAGGUGCAGGAAGGUGUCCCCGUCUCCACCCGUUUCCUGCAGGUGAGGGCCCUGGCACACGAUGUGGAAUCCACAGCCCUUACCUACCACCUGCGUGCAGACGGGGACGCUGCUAGCUUCGGCAUCAUGCCCGAGAGCGGCUGGCUGUACGUCAAAAGCGCCCUGGACCGGGAGAUGCGGGACCUGUACGUGCUGACGGUGCUGGCCUCGGUGGGAGGCAGUGGGGCUGCGGGGGACACCCGCAAAACUGGCACCAGCACCGUGCGAAUCAGCAUCACUGAUGAGAACGACAACAGCCCUCGGCUGAGCGAGGAGCGGUACUUCUUCACCGUGCCGGAGAACCAGGCUCCUGGCAGCAGCGUGGGGAGGGUGACGGCCAGCGACCGGGACGCGGGGCAGAACAGCCGGCUCACCUACCGCCUGCUCCAGCACGAUCCCAACUUCCUUAUCCACACACAGACAGGAGAGGUCAGCACCAAGCACAGCCUGGACCGGGAACAGCAGUCCAGCUUCCAGCUCCUGGUGAUUGUGCAGGAUGGGGGAGCACCGCCCCGCAGUGCCACCGGAACCAUCUAUGUCACCGUGCUGGAUGAGAAUGACAACGCUCCUGCUUUCCUCCACGUGGGCAGUGGUCAGGAGCUGCCCGUGCAGGUGCUGGAAGAGAAGCCAUCGGGACUUCUGGUCGCCUCCCUGCAGGCCAAGGACCCCGACGAGGGGGAGAAUGGGACCAUCAUCUACUCACUGAUAGGAGCCUGGGCAGAGCGUUUCACCCUGCACAUGGCUACUGGAGAGCUGCGGACGGCCACGGCUCUGCGCCGGGCUGACCGUGCCGAGUACAUCUUCACCGUGACAGCCAGCGACCGCGGCGCGGUGCCUCGCAGCACGUCAGCCAUCGUUCGCGUCCAGGUGCUGCCAUCCUCCCGUGUGCUGCCACGGCCUGAUGCCACCAUGCUGACCCUGCACCCUCUCGAGGGGGUCAAGCCGGGGUCUGUGAUUGGCUCGGUGGCCCCCCCGGAUGCUCCUGCACGAGGACAGCUGACCUACACGGUGGUAGGAGGUGGUGGGGACGGCACCUUUGUGGUCGACAGUGUGACAGGGGAGAUUUAUGCUGCCCGGGAGCUGGACUAUGAAGCUGGGGCACGGCAUGUGCUCCAGGUGAGUGCCGAGGACACGCAGCAUGGCUAUCCCUCCAGCCGGCUGGUGCUGGUCCAGAUCCAUGUGCAGGACUGCAACGACCAGGCGCCCACCUUCCCUGAAGACCCUAUCACCAUCGUGGUGCCGGAGAAUACCCAGGCUGGCUCCUCCAUCUUCACCUUCCAGGCACUGGAUGGGGAUGGGGUAGGCCCCAACAGCCAGGUGCGCUACGCCCUGCUGCACCUGGAGCCCGCUGGGGCCCCCUUCCAGCUCGACAGCCGCUCGGGGCAGCUGACCCUGCGCCAGGGCCUCGACCGGGAGGCUGCUGCCUCCUUCCUGCUGGUGGUGGAGGCCACGGACCAGGCCCGCAACAUCAGCCAGCGCCGCUCGGCCGCCGUCACCGCCCGCGUGUUUGUGACUGAUGAGAAUGACAACACGCCCGUCUUCCUCUCCCCGGCCACUGUCAGCAUCAUGGAGGACCAGCCCACGGGCUUCGUGGCGCUGCACGUGGUGGCCCAGGACAGCGACCUGGGAGAGAAUGGACGUGUGAGCUACUCCUUGCGAGCAGGCAAUGGUGACGGCCGCUUCCACCUCAAUCCCAGCACUGGUGCACUUUCCAUCGUGCGAGCCCUGAAUCGGGAGGAAGUGGCACAGCACAACCUGACGGUGGUGGCCAUGGACCAUGGCUUCCCACGCCGCUCCGCCACACAGCUGCUGACUGUGCUGGUGCUGGACGUCAACGAUGAGGCUCCUGCCUUUGAGAAACCUGAGUACGAAGCCCACAUCAUGGAGAACCUGCCAGCAGGCAGUCCGGUGCUGCAGGUGCUGGCCACAGACCGGGAUCUGGGUGCCAACGGGCAGGUGUCCUAUGGGGGUCUCUCUGGGGGGCCGUUCUCCAUCCACCCACAGACAGGGCUCAUUGUGACCACCCAUGCCUGGGUAUUGGCACAUGGGCGCCGAGGCCGUAGCUCCCUGUCGGCGGGGCGCUCUCUGUGUCCUGCAGUGUACGCGCGGGACGCCGGCCUGCCCCCCAGCCUCGCCAAGGCCACCGUGCGGAUCACAGUGGGCGAUGAGAAUGACCAUGCACCACAGCUGGAGAGCGAGUCCUGCUCUGUGGAGGUCCCCGAGAACCAGAGCCGUGUAGCACUCUACACCCUGCGGGCCACCGAUCCCGACGGCGGAGAGAACGGGCGCUUGGAAUACAGAGUGGCAGAUGGAGACCCUGGGCAGGAUUUCAGCCUAGACCCCAUCUCUGGUGUCCUCUCCACUGCACGUGCCCUCGACCGGGAGCAAGUUGCUUCCUACAGCCUCACCGUGGUGGUGCAGGACCACGGCUCCCCCCCACGCAGUGCCACCAUGUCGGUGACUGUGCAGGUUUUGGACCUCAAUGACAACACACCCAGUUUUGCUCAGGCCACCUAUGCAGUGGAGGUGCCAGAGGACUUGCCAGUCGGUGCCCUGGUGCUGCAGCUGGUGGCCGAGGACCCCGACGAGGGCACCAAUGGGCAGGUCUCCUACUACCUGGGCAAUGAGUCACUGGGCAUGUUCCAGGUGGAGCCACAGAGCGGGCGCAUCCAGAGCACCCAGGUGCUGGACCGGGAGCGCCAGCCCAGCUACAGCUUCCUGGCCAAGGCGGUGGACUCAGCACCAUGGGAGCCCAAGAGCACGGCCGUGCGUGUCACCGUCACAGUGCGAGACGUCAAUGACCAUGCCCCGGCCUUCCUGCACAGCCCGCUCACCGUCAACCUGUCCCGCCACACGCCGCUCAAACAGGUGGUGGCCACGAUGAGGGCCGAGGACAGGGACGCAGGUGCCAAUGCCUCCAUCCUGUACCGACUCACCACCCCCAGCUCUGCCUUCGCCAUCAACUCCUACACGGGGGACAUCCAGCUGCUGCAGUCUCUGGGCUCACUCAGCCAGCGCCAGCGGACACUCUUUGUCCUGGCCACGGACCUGGGGCAGCCGGCGCUCUCCUCCACUGGGGUGGUCGUGAUCCAUGUGCAGGAGGAGCCAUACCGGGGGCUGCGCUUUCCCCGUGGCACCAGCGAUGUGGUCCUGGCCGAAAAUGCCGCCCCAGGCACUGUAGUGGCGAGUGUCCAAGCUGUGCACACUGGGGGCUCCUCGGGGCGCAUCACCUACAGCAUUGUCAGCGGCAAUGAGAGGAACACCUUCCUUAUCCAGCCUAGCUCAGGUGCCAUCUCGGUGCAGGACUCCAGCAGUCUGGACUUCGAGGCCAGCCCUCGGCUGCGCCUGGUGAUCCAGGCAGAGACCGUGGCUUCCUUUGGCUUUAUGGCCAUAAACCUCAACCUCCAGGACGUGAACGACAACCUGCCCCGCUUCCAGCUGCAGAACUACGUGGCGUUCAUCUGGGAGUCACAGAGCUACGACUCACCUGUCAUCCAGGUGCUGGCAGAUGACCUGGACCAGGGAGCAAAUGGGCAGGUGACUUACGCCAUCAACCAGUCCCUGCCAAUGCCAGGCUUGUACCACAUCGACCCUCAGACCGGCACCAUCACCACCACUGCCAUCCUGGACAGGGAGAUCUGGUCCCAGACCCGUUUGGUGGUGACGGCGAUGGAUCGAGGGACGCCACCACUCGUGGGCUCAGCCACGUUGACCGUGGUGGUGAUGGACGUCAAUGACAACAGCCCCACCAUCCCGGUCCCCUGGGAAAUCCGUGUUCCUGAGAACACGCUGCUGGGCACCCAGAUAGCCCAGCUGACUGGGAACGACGUGGACUCGGGCCCUGCGCUCUCCUACACGCUGCUGCUGGAGGGGGAUGCAGCGGGCACCUUCGGGGUGCUGCGCUACGGGGGCCGCAUCGCCCUGACGGGGCCGCUGGACCACGAGCAGCGCAGCCACUACACCCUCACCCUGCGCGCCUCCGACACACGCCACGAGACCGAGGCGAACCUCACCGUCCUCGUGGAGGACGUGAACGACAACGUGCCCACCUUCACCCAGAGUUUCUAUCAGGUGCUGCUGCCAGAGCACACACCUGCUGGCAGCGUUAUUCUCACCGUGAGCGCAACUGACUCCGACUCGGGGAGCAACGGGGAUGUCACCUUCCGCCUGGCUGUGCCCAGCCCUGAUGUCGCCAUUGACCCCAGCAAUGGGACUCUCUUCACCACCCGGCAGAUGGAGUUCGAUGCCAGCCAGCCCACCCUGGAUCUGGUGGUGGAGGCCCAUGACCAUGGCUCUCCCAGCCUCUCAUCCUGGGCCACAGUGCAGCUCCAGGUGCUGGAUGUGAAUGACCACAGCCCCCGCUUCCAGGAGCCACAUUACAACACCAGCGUCCCCGAGGACCUGCGCCCGGGCACCACUGUGCUGACGCUGGAGGCGGGUGAUGCCGACCUCUCCCGGGAGAACGCCGGCUUCGACUAUACCAUCGUCAGUGGGAACGGUGGCAACGCCUUCCAGGUGGAGAGCCGGGUGGCCUGGGCCGAGGGGCAGCUCCACGAGUAUGAUCCCAUUUUCCUGAGCCCCUCUUUCAACUUUGAGGUGCCUGAGGGCGCGCGCAAAGGGCAGAGCAUUGGGCGUGUGCUGGCCACGGAUGAGGAUGAGGGGGCUGACGGCGUUGUCCUGUAUGCCCUGGCAAAGCCCUCGCCGUACUUUGCCAUCAACCAGACCACGGGCACCAUCUACCUGCGCGUGGACAGCCAGCCCCAGGCCGGGGCAGGGCGCGCCAAGAGGGAGCCACGGGAGAUGAGCCUGGAGGUGCAGGCACGCAGCCCCCUGCCCGCCUCCCGUGUGGCCUCCACACAAGUCACCAUCGAUGUCACACACACCUCCUUUGGCCUGGCACCUGACCUCAACCUGCUGCUGGUGGCCGUGGCCGCCUCGCUGGGUGUUGUGGUGGUGCUGGCCGCCGUGGCUAUUGUGCUGGCACUGGUGCGCUCCCGGCAGCGCCAGGGCCGCAAGAAGGCGGAGGGGGACGGAGUUCUGGCUCGCACGCAGAGCGGGUCCCUGCAGAAACUGGGCCGUGAGGAGCCAGCGCUGCCCGGGGCUGAGCAUAUCUACCACCAGGCACUGCCGGGGUACGGGGCCGAGCCGGCAGGGUCCUAUACACGGGGUGGCUCGCUGGACCCCUCCCACUCCAGUGGCCGCGGCUCUGCUGAAGCCGCUGAGGAUGACGAGAUCCGGAUGAUCAACGAGUACCCGCGCGUGGCCAGCAUCACGGCCUCUAUGCAGGAGCACAUCGCUGCCCGCGGCCCUGACUCCGGCAUCCAGCAGGAUGCCGACCAGCUCUCCGACAUCUCCUGUGAGCCGGCUGCGCUGGAGAGCGCCCAGUGGUUCAAGAGCAAGAAGGGCUCCGGGCUGCUGCUGCCGGGGCCACCCUUACAGCUGUAUCGCGAGGAUGGGGGGGGCAGCGCCUUCCUGGGUGUCCGCUGUGGCCUCAGUGUCUCCUCACAGCCCCAGGACUACGCCUUCCCGGAGGAUGGCAAGCCCUCCGUGGACGGCUCGCUCACCGCCAUCGUGGCCAGUGAUGAGGAGCUCCGUGGCAGCUACAACUGGGAUUACCUGCUGAACUGGUGCCCCCAGUUCCAGCCGCUGGCCAGCGUCUUCACAGAGAUCGCCCGCCUCAAGGAUGAGAGCUCCCUGCGCAAGCCCUUCCAGGCCAAGCCCAAGGCAGAGCCCAAGCCCCGCAUCGACCCCCCACCCCUCAUCACCUCGGUGGCCCACCCAGGCGCCAAGUCCGUGCCCCCCAAGCCGCCGCCGGGCAGGACCUUCCCACACCUGUCCUCCCUGCGCCGCUCGCCCAUCAGCCACGAGGGCUCCAUCUCGUCUUCGGCCAUGUCGCCCAGCUUCUCUCCGUCACUGUCCCCGCUGGCCGCCCGCUCCCCCGUGGUCUCGCCCUUUGGCAUCUCGCAGGGGCCGUCGGCCUCCACCAUCAGUGCUGAGCACUCGCUGGAGCCCCCCGAGGAGGCCGAGCUCAGGAUUUAGAGCUGGGCCCCUGGACUCCUCCGCCCCAGCCCGGAGCCAUGGGGCUGGAGCGGGGCCCAGCCCAGGGCUGCUUACACGGGUGCUCCUCCUGCUCGCAGCACUAUACCUGGCCUGGGCCCCAGGGGCUGUGGGUGCCUGUGUCCUUUGGGGCUGUGGCCCCUGUCCCUGUGGUCUGGCAGACCCUACACUGGCUGGUGCCCUAUGGACUGCUGACCCCAGUGCUGGCACCCUGGGGCGAUGGUCCAUGUGCUGCUCACAGUGUCUUGGAUCGGCGCCGGGCAGGAUGGUGCGUCACGGUACUCAGUGCUCUGGGAGUGGCUGGGAGCAGUGGGCUGCUGGGCCAGGGACUGCAGACCCAGACCCUGCCCUCCCCAGCCCCAGGGCCAUGCAGCAGCCCGGAUGCAGGAUGACCCUGCCCUAUCCCUGCUGCCCCUUCCCUAGUUGCUCCCAGAGCAGGGGGAUGGUGCCCUAGCACUGGUGGUGAUGUCCGAGGGCAGAGGGACGAUGCCCCACAGCUGGGGAUGAUCUCCCAGGGUAGGGGGAUGAUGCACCACAGCUGGGGGCAAUGCCCCAGGGCAGGGAUGCUGCCUGCCCAUCUGUCUGUGCUGUCUGCAGGGACAGGGGGCUGAACCUGCCCCCUGACCGGGAGGGGACACCCACCCCACAUCUGGAUAUGGCAGAUGGAGAAGGCAGUGCCAGUGUCCUGCUGUCUGUCCAUGGCUGGGUGGGGACAGGGGAGCCUUUGAGGUCUCUCCAGCCCUUCCACCACCCACAGUGCAGGUGAUGCUUCCAGGGGAUCUCCUGCCCAGAGCUGCAGGGAGCUGUUCCUGGGGUUCCAGGCAGGGAGACGGGUGUCCUGCUCAGUGUGGGAGCCCUAUUCCCCGGGCCAGGUGCCUCUCUGGGCGGGGAUCCCAGGCUGGAAGAGUGUCCAAGCAUGGGCAGUGCAAUGGGGCUGGCAGAGCUGUGUGAGAGGUGGUGGGGACAGCCCAGCCCCAGGAGCAGCAGUGAUGGCUGCUGUGACCCCCAUCCAUCUGAGGCCUGGUGGGCAGCCUGCAGCUGCAGGGAUGCAGGUGAGAGGGGGUACCCCAAAAAGCCACGUGGCCAGAAGCUGGUGUGGUGGCAGCCAGCGCGUUCUCUUACAGCCACAGUGGGGACACUGGGCAGCUGGAUUCCCCUGGGGCCCUGUUGCGUGACUGCUCUCUGGGACAGUCUGGGUCACGGGCGCCACCUCCACUGGCCCCAGCCCCCUGUGCAGGACUGCUCUGCACCCCUGGCAUGCAUGUUGUGAGCACGGGACAGAGCCCUCUGUGAUGGGGCCGGUCCCCAUCCCCUCCCAGCACCUCGCACAGCCGGCCGUGGAGCCGAUGUCACACUCACACCAGGCUCAGCCCUCACUGGAGCUUACUCUGAGCCCACAGCUGCUCACAGGGAACAGCCACGAGUCGGGAGCCCUGGCAGUGCAGCCGGGGGUUCUGCCACUGCGGCCUCGCUGCCCCCCGAGGUUGUGACCCCCACACAGCUGUGGGUGCAGAGUGAGGGCCAAAUCAGGGCAUGGAGAGCCCUGUGGCAGCCCUCAAUUCACAGCCAGUCUGGGCAUGAGCAUGUUUGGGGGUCAGGGAGGACACCCCGCAUCUGAGCAGGGUCUGGGGGAAGCUUCCUCCCAUCACACUUUCCCCAGACCCAGCACCUGCAUGCAGUGGCUGCAGCCCCAGCCCCAAAGAUGUUGCUUGUUCCCCUUAUUUCCCACCAAGAACCAUCUGUGGCUGCAGCCCCAUCUGUCAUCAUCAG